CGAGCAGAACUGGCAUCAAAGACAACAACCGCACUUAUCCGUGUUGUUGACGAGCUCAUCAUAGAGGAUGAGUCUCAAACGGACUUCCAUGCUCCGUUAUCAGUAAGGAAAAUGCCAAGCAAAUGGUUAUUUCCAGGAGUAUGCCUCAGAUACAAUAAAGAAUCUCGAUCCAGGUGCUUCAAGUGUAAAGACCGGUGGAAAAAUGAGAGCGAAGAAGAUGGUGAUGGGUGGUAUUUCCAACUUAGAGCAAUCAUGCAAAAAAUGACUAAUCGUGCAGAAGGGUAG